AUGGAUGUACAGGCUCAAGGAUCCUCUAUCGUCAUUAACGGAGCAAGUAUCGCCACGGGGGCUUCCCGGCUACGUCAGAGAAGGCACCAAGUCAUCAGACUACACCCUUCCCUCUAUGCGGCUUCUUGGGCCACAAACUCCCCUAUCAAGGCGCCAAUUUACAUGGAACGACUAUACCCCCCCUUAAGUAUGCGCACAAUUGAGAGCUAUUCCGAGUAUGUCAGGUUGCGAAUAGAGGCGUCAGUGGCUUCCGGGGUGCCUCUCACACCGUCAGUCACACAUAAAUACGAUAAAAUGAGGAAAGCUCACGUAACCCUCGCCCUCAACGGAAUCGCCGCCACUCAGGAGAUGCACCAUCUAAAAGAGAAGGCAUUAAGACGAGAGAGGCUUAAUGAGGAGACGUCGUUUAUAUGCAAAUAUAGCCCAAUUCGCGUCUCUGAUACGAGGCUCCGUGUCGCCCGUGACGAAUACCAUCGAUAA